CCAUUCUCCGCGCAUGUGCAGUUACUGCAGUCAAGAUGGCGACGGACUUUUAAAACUCUGGAGGUAGGCACCAGAUGGAACCCAGAUCUUCAGCACAUUUCUGCCACGUUUGAGGUCUAAGAUUUACUCAGUUUGUUAUGCGUUCGUUUUGUGCUUGAUUUCCGUUUUGAUUGUCGAUUCUGGACGUCCGUUGGAUGCGCGAGGGGGAGACAUUCUUGGGCGGCGGUAAACAAAACAGAUCAAAGUUGAGGACCUGAAGGGAACCCGCACGUUUCAAGACUGGAGACCCUCCUGGUGCCGCCGCCCGCUUUUCCACACUUCCGGGGCUUCUAUAUGAUGGCCACAACGCCCAAGGAGGCCAGCCCACCUCUGAAUGGCCCCAUGAUGCACCCUAGUAUGAAUGGAUCGGCUGAGGGGCCUCACCAGGUCUUCUAUCUCCAUGUGGCUCCCGGGCAGAUGUACACUAUAGCGACCGAGGACGGCUCCAUGCAACAAGUGCAAGGUCCAGCCACAGUAUGCAUGGUGUCCCACGACGGCACGCCUCCCAUUCCCCCAGAACACAUUGUGCAACAAGUCAUGGACGCUAACGGCAGUAUACACAUCAUGACGGCCCUGCCGCCCCCCCAGUACCCCAACGUGCCUCACCAAAUGGGCUACCCGCCCCCCAGCCAUAUGCCGCACCACAUGUUCCCACAGAACCCGUACCACCCCCCGGACGGUGGGGGGGAGGUCAUACCGCCGCAGUAUACGCCGCAUCCAUAUCAACCCUCCUAUCCAUAUCCUCCAGAACAAGAGCCCCAAAGGCACACUCCAAACUUCCACAAGAUAGACGAGAGAGCGGAAAAGACCCGGGAUCGACUGAGGAACAAACUACACACCAGGCAGAGGGAAAACUCCUGCAAUGCCGGCAGCCCUCCCACCUCCCCCCGUAGGAGCCAGCCCUCCUCACCCACUGCUGCUGAAAAUGGCUUUGGGAGAGGAGGGGGGAAGAGAAGGUUGCGGAACAGCUGCAGUCAGGAGCCGGAGCCACACUUGGGCAACCAUCAGCCAAAUAGCAAAGAUAGUCUAGAGGUGAAGAGAAUAAAGGACAUCCUUUCCUCCAUCCAGAAGCCUCAGGUCCACAACGUAGAAGCGAGGUCGGUCAAAGUGUCGUGGUCACCUCCUCCCCUGUGCAUGAACGGGAGCAGCGAUCCCGGACACAACCAUAUCGACCAGGCGCACUUCAGCUACGAACUGGUGAUGUCCGACAAAGGCAAGGAUGGCAACUUCAAGGUUGUUUACAGUGGGGAGAAAAAGGAAUGCAGCUUGACAGACUUGAGGCCGGGGAGCGAAUAUCACUUAAGUGUAUAUGCCCUUAGCGAUAACAUCAAAGGAAUGACAUCGGAAGUGUGUAGUUUCCGGACACUGACUGCACCUCCCGAGGCGCCUGCAGCACCAAAACUGUCCAACAGGACCAAAAACAGCCUUGCCCUGAAGUGGAUGUCUCCGUUGGACAAUGGGUCCAAAAUCACCUGUUUCAUCUUGGAGUGGGACGAGGGAAAGAAGGGGAACGGGUUCCGUGAAGUGUACAGUGGACCACAGAAGAUAUACAAGGCUACCAAGCUGACACAUUCCACCUGCUACACCUUCAGGCUAGCUGCUCAGAAUGAAGUGGGGAAGAGUGAUUUCAGCCCAGAGGUAUACUGUCACACCUCUGGGAGCCCCCCUCCCACCCCGGAGCCGCCCAAGUUGGUACGAGCUACGACGACGUCGCUUCAACUCCACUGGACCAAACCGGCCGGGGCAGAUGUGGAGGCAUUCACCCUGGAGAUGGAAGACGAAGACACGGGCUAUGGUUUCCAACCAGUUUACAAUGGAGAUGACCUCACCUACACACAUAAAAGACUGAGAAGGAACAGUUCCUACCACUUCAGGUUGUUUGCCAGCAAUUCGGAGGGGCGAAGCGGCUGGAGCGAGAAAGUGACGUUCUGCACCAAUCCGGAAAAGCCAGGAGUGCCUUCCAGACCACAGCUCAAAGGCCGCUUGCAUGCACAGCACUUCAAGAUCUCCUGGGAUCCACCUCGAGAUACUGGAGGAACAGACAUCAGUAAAUACUUACUAGAGAUGGCGUCUGGAAAAGAUGGUCCAUAUGAGGUGGUCUACACUGGUACGGCCCUGGAGCACACCUGUGACAACCUUGUGCCAGGAGGGACGUACAAACUGAGGGUGGCAUGUGUGGGCGCCGGGGGUCAAAGUCAGUAUUCAGAGUCAUACAGCAUCACUACAUUGCCAGUCAUACCGGGCCAGUGCCAUCCGCCCAAGCUCUGCGGAAAACCAAAGGCUAACUCUCUACAAAUUAAGUGGGCACCCCCGGAUUACGAUGGUGGCUGCCCACCCACCGAGUACCUGGUGGAUAUGGAGAUGGACGACUGCACAUCCCUGGAUGUGUACAAGGGGCCAGAGAUGGAGUGUACCAUCAUCAACCUGCUCCCGGGGAGGACAUACGCAUUUAGGGUGAAAGCCUUCAACAGAGUGGGGGGAGGGCCUGUGUCUGAGCCAUCCGUCUUCACGACAGGUGCAGGCCCACCUGACGCACCUGCGGAGCCGGUACUUACCUGUAAGGCGCCCACAGCUGCACUGGUCAGCUGGCAGACACCAGCGGGGAACGGUGCAGAUGUGGUAGAGUACAGACUGGAGUGGAGCUGCGUGGACGGCACGUUCUCCCAACUCUACGCAGGACAGGCCAACAGUUACGAAGUCAAGGGGCUCAACCCUGCCUCUUACUACUACUUUAGAGUCCAGGCAGUGAACUCAGCUGGUGUGGGGCCCUUCAGUCCCGUCGCCACCUGUCAAACGCCGGCGUCUUCACCCAGCGCCGUCACGACCUUCCAACUCGCGGCUGAUGAGAUCCCGGAGAACCCUGCCUCCUCCCUGCACCUGGAGUGGGACGAGCCGUGCAGCAAUGGGGAAGAUAUCCUGGGCUAUAACAUUGACAUCGGUUUGGAGGGGAGACUGGUGGCGGUGGAACUACCUGUCACAGACUUUCUACUUGAGGGUUUACUUCCAGACACCACGUAUAGGUUGCGAAUCCAGGCCGUGAACAGGAUAGGAGCGGGGCCCUUCAGCGGAACGAUUAAGGCCAGAACGAAGCCGCUGCCCCCCAACCCGCCCAAGCUCGAGUGUGUGCAGUGCGGCCACUCCAGCCUGAAGCUCAGGUGGACGGACGGAACCAAGAACGCGGACACGAAAGCAACGGAAUACAUCCUGCAGAUGGAGGACACCAGAACUCUGAGGUUUGUUAGCAUCUAUGCUGGCACCAACACCACCUUCAAGGUGAACAGACUGAGCGAACAGACUCCCUACAACUUCCGCAUCCUGGCUAUGAACGAUGCAGGCGAGGGCCCCUUCUCUCCCAUCUAUCAGUUCAUCACGCAGAAGGCACCGCCGCCCGCCAUAAAAGCCCCCAAGGUUCAGGAGGUGAGUGACAGAACCUGUAAGGCAGUGUGGAUGGAGGUGCCGGCCAUGAGGAGAGACCCCAUCCUGUACCAGCUGCAGAUGGCACAGGGCCGGGACGCCAGGUACCAGGAGGUCUACAAAGGUCCUGAGACGUCGUUCACACUAGAGAGCCUGGAACCCGACACUGAGUACCACCUGCGCGUCUGCUCCGUCCGACAGUGCCAGGACGACCCGACCCCCCUGAUCGGCCCGUACAGCCCUGGAGUCACAUUCCACACCCGCAGCAGGGAACAGGUCGUCACGGAGACGCCACGCCCCGUCCAGGAGCUGCCUGUCGAGCGGAAGGAGCUCAGCGACGAGCAGCUGGUGGCCAUUGUGCUGGCGUCCUUCACGCUCCUCGCAAUAUUCAUCGCCUUCAUCAUCCAGUACUUCAUCUAGGGAGAGCCGUCCUCUCUGAUUGGUUGAUUGAUACGUUCCUGAACUUUGACCCUCCUUCUGAUUGGCUCCGAUUGCAUCCCCACAACUCUACCUACUCCAGUUUCCCAGGCUUUCAGUGCAAUUUGUAUGGUGCAAACACAUAAAAAAGGGAUGUGCUCUACCUACAAUGUACCAGGAAAUCAAGUGCUAUCUAUCUGUCCAACCUCCUUCAAUGUGUACGGAAAGAAAGCAUACUUAACACUUACAUUUGUAGGUUGUGAACGCAAGGAAAGUGUACAGUCCAUAAGCUUAGAUAGCAUACGUUAGAUGGAGGAUUUUGUUUUUAGUUUGAUGAGUUAAUAACGAACACUAGAAUGUGUAUUGCUUUUGUUUAAUUUGUGUUGUUUAUGAUAUGAAGGUCUGUUGUCAAUGACAAUGUAAAGGGAUGAUUGAUAACUGAAGAUGGCAAUCAAAGUGAACCAGUGUGGCACAAAUGGAUUUAGCACUCCUUAGAAACAUUUCAUGGGGAAAAAGGAGAGUGUCAGAAUACCAGAUUAAGAGUCAUGUGGCUUGGGUCAGAAUUGUCGGAAGAAAACUUUGGUAGCAGUCAUAUAUACAACAUCUCUGUUACCACAUGCUCUGUGAGGAGCCAGAUUGACUUAAGAUGAAGAAGAGCACAGGAGUAAGAAUGCUAUAAUUGCUUACUCAACCCUUCACCACUUCUGUUGAUGCCAGCCAGUCAUAGCCUACUUGAAGAGUACUCUACAUAAAUGUAAGAAAUGAUAAUGCAUAUUUAUUGUGAAUUGUAAGAAGUAUUUAUGACAGUGGAUUACUGUGAGGUCCCUUGUGCAAAAUUCCGUCUCGCCAAUCCAGACAAACUUUUCUGGUUUGGGCUGCUCUGCUCUGUAUCCUAUCCAAGUAUCUCUCUCUCUCUCCAAAGUCGUUUGUGGUAGUUUAACAAAGAGGACUCUAUUCUUGCUGACUUACAAGGAGAAUAUGCUGCACCAAACAAGCCUGUCUCAUGGUGUAUGUGCCUUAAGAAAUUGUUGCCUAUUGCAAAUGUGGAAAAAAAAGAAGAAAUACAGUAUUAUGUGGAAAAGAUGUAGUAGACUUACAGAAAACAAUGUUGUAGAAUGUCCAAGCUGUGAAUCAACAUGUAGCGCUGUUUAUGUCUCUGAGAUCAUUGUAUAUUUCCGCGCACAAGGGGCUUCCUUUACUACACAUUCAAGUACCGAUAAAAACUGCUCCCACAUUUUCUUAUGCUGUCGGACUAUGUAAAUGCCUUUUGACUGGCAACUCUGUCCAACCCUCGAGCAGUGCUGAAGUAUAGUGCAAAGCAGGUGACUUGCGACGCUAAUUCCAGAAAAUAUAGAUUUUAACUGUCUUGAUAUAAUACUGUACAGCAUCUGUCCAUAUUCCCCAAUGUAAAAAAAAGUUAGGAUAUUCCUAGGUGCAGUCUGUAUUUUCUCCUACAAAAAUGGUGCUAGAAUGAGGAGGGAAUCUAACGAAAGCUCCCCUACUAGUGGGAAAUCAAAUUAAUGUACUCUAAAAAAUACAUAAAUGAACUAUAUAUUAUGUGCAUCUGUGUGCAUUUCAAGUGACGACAAACCAUGUUUGUCUAUUACGUAAUCAAGGCCAAUCCGUGAUGUCAUCUCUGAUCCUAGCCAAUCAAAUUAGAGUUUGUGAAUUCUAGCCAGAUCUCUACUGACCAAUCAGAACUGCUGUCUCAUCAGUGGCUGUUAUGAUCUUACUCAGGUGAAAUGCCCAGUGCACAUGAAGCCUAUUCUACAUUCCCAGGUCAGAUUCAAAACUUAUGAACUAGUACUUCUCACAUAUGUGUACGUUUUUGACACAGAACUUAGCAGGGAAACGUCUGAUUGGAAAAGUACAUGUAAUUAUGAGCUAUGUCUGUGCGGCUUGUUGAAUUAAUGUGUCAAAGUCCAUUUCUUCCAUUUUCCAUGAGAAAUUUUACACAGUUUCCACUGCUAUUAUCUUGUGCAAGAAGUGGAGCAUUUGUGCCAUUUUUUUCUGGUUCUUUCUUAGCUGUAAGGUUAAACUUAACCAGCGUCCUCUUUAUUUUAUGUCCCCUUUAAUUCUAAGAAUUAUUUCUUAUUGAUCUUGCUUACUUAGCAUUCAGGCACCUGUGUUAUGAUUUUUUUCCAUCCUGAAUUUUUGAUUUGCUAUUAUUAUUUCAGGACUUUCUCCACUUUAGUUGUUACCCUAAUAUGUAUUAUUUUAACCUGUAAUACCUAAAAUUGUUAAACAGUGCAUUACAGUUGUAUUGCAGCCAUGUUAUGUGAAAAUUGUAGGAAAGAGAGGAAAAAUCCACUAGUUGUUUAGGCUACUUCAUAAUGUACCAAGCUUAACGUGAUCCUUCAGCCUUAACACUACUUUUUUCCUAGUGUCGGUGAAAACACACCUUUCAUACAAACCCAAACAUAUAAUGAUUAUAUCUAAAUUAAACCUUGUAUUUUUAAAAUUGCCUCCUUUGUAAUAUUUAAAAUUAUUGUAAACCUCGCAUUGUCCGGCAAGUUUUCAGUACGCUGAAUCUGUGCUGGGUCUAAUGUACAAAACGAAGUUAGCUAUUAAUUGUAUCCACUGUACUCAUUAAAAGUAUCAAAUAUAUGCCUAUAUAUUAUGUU